CCCGCGCCCGCCGCCGCCGCCGCCGCCGCUCCCGGUGUGGCCGCGGACCCCGGUGCGGCCGCGGCCGCCGGAGGUGACACCCCCCUCCUUCACCGGGCGGCGGGAGCAGCCGUGGAGCCGCCGAGGACGUGGGCCGAGCGGCAGGACACGAGGAGGAAGAGGAGGAGUGGGUGUCUCGUCUCGGGGACAGCACCGUGGCCGCGUGUCCCCACCGCCGCCCGCAGCCGCCGCCAUCCUCGAGCCGACGCGGUCCGUGAGGUCCCGGUGAGGCUUUUGGGAGCCUGAGCCCCCGCCAGCGCCGCGGGGAGGAGGAAGAGCCGAGGAAGACGCGCCGGGUGAUGGAUGGUCCCUGCCCCGCGCGGCGGCCCCGGGGGAGCGGCCCCGGGCGGCUCGGGGACCUCGGGGACCUGGCUGGCAGCGCCCGCCUCCGCUGAGCCCCGCGGCGGGGCUUGGGGGGGCUCCGGGUGACCCCCCGGCCCCCGCGCCGGGCCGGGCAGUGGGGCCGAGCCGCCGCACCCCCGGCAUGGCCCGGCAGGGCUCGGGGGCCAUGCUGCCCUCGGGGGGCCUGGGCUUCCCCCCGCAGAACCUGGCCCGCGUGGUGGUGUGGGAGUGGCUGAACGAGCACGGGCGCUGGCGGCCCUACUCGGCCGCCGUGUGCCACCACAUCGAGAACGUGCUGAAGGAGGACGCCCGCGGGUCCGUGGUGCUGGGCCAGGUCGAUGUCCAGCUGGCCCCCUACGUCAUCGACCUCCAGUCCAUGCACCAGUUCCGGCAGGACACGGGGACCAUGCGGCCCGUGCGGAGGAACUUCUACGACCCCUCCUCAGCCCCGGGCAAGGGAAUCGUGUGGGAAUGGGAGAACGACAACAACUCCUGGACUCCCUACGACAUGGACAUCUGCAUCACCAUCCAGAACGCCUACGAGAAGCAGCACCCCUGGCUGGACCUCUCCUCCCUGGGCUUCUGCUACCUCAUCUACUUCAGCAGCAUGUCCCAAAUGAACCGGCAGACGCAGCGCAAGCGGCGGCUCCGGCGCCGCAUGGACCUGGCCUACCCCCUCACCAUGGGCUCCAUCCCCAAAUCCCAGUCGUGGCCGGUGGGCGCCAGCACGGGGACCCCCUGUUCGUGCCCGCAGUGCCUGCUGGUCAACAGCACCCGCGCCGCCUCCAACGCCAUCCUGGCAUCGCAGCGCCGCAAACUCUACCCCGGCGCCGUCCGGCAGAGCAGCACCUUCGCCGGGGGGGCCCUGUGGCCGCCGGGGCCGGCGGCGGGGGCGGGGGGCACGGCCAAGGCCGAGGGGCUGCGGGUGCCCGGCGCGGGGUUCGCCCCCGGGCAGAGCGUGCCCGGUGCGGCGCUGACCGGGCUCAACAACCUCAACCGGCCCGGGACGCAGCGCGGGGCCGGACUGGGCGCCAGGGCCGCCGUGCCCCCGGGGGUCCCGGCCCUCCCGGUCAAGAACCUGAACGGCACCGGCCCCGUCCAUCCCGCCCUCGCAGGGAUGACGGGGAUCCUCAUGUGCGCCGCCGGGCUGCCCGUGUGCCUGACCCGCGCCCCCAAACCCAUCCUGCACCCGCCACCCGUCAGCAAGAGCGACAUCAAACCUGUGCCCGGAGUCAACGGCAUCUGCAGGAAAACCAAGAAGAAGCAGCUCAAGAAGAGCAAGACCCCCGAGGACGUGGUGCGCCGGUACAUCCAGAAGGUGAAGAACCCCCCGGACGAGGAUUGCACCAUCUGCAUGGAGCGGCUGGUCACCUCCUCCGGCUACGAGGGAGUCCUGAGCCCCAGGGGCAUCAAGCCGGAGCUGGUGGGCAAGCUGGGCAAGUGCGGGCACAUGUACCACCUGCUGUGCCUGCUCGCCAUGUACAACAACGGCAACAAGGACGGGAGCCUGCAGUGCCCCACCUGCAAGGCCAUUUACGGGGAGAAGACGGGAACGCAGCCCCCCGGGAAGAUGGAAUUCCACCUCAUCCCACACUCCCUCCCGGGAUACACCGACUCCAAAACCAUCCGGAUCGUCUACGACAUCCCCACCGGCAUCCAGGGCCCGGAGCAUCCCAAUCCCGGCAAGAAGUUCACGGCGCGAGGAUUCCCCCGGCACUGCUACCUGCCCGAUAACGAGAAGGGCAGGAAGGUGCUGAAACUGCUGAUCGUGGCCUGGGACCGGCGGCUCAUCUUCACCAUCGGCACGUCCAACACGACGGGCGAGUCGGACACGGUGGUGUGGAACGAGAUCCACCACAAGACCGAGUUCGGCUCCAACCUGACGGGCCACGGGUACCCCGAUCCCAACUACCUGGACAACGUGCUGGCCGAGCUGCUGGCCCAGGGCGUGUCCGAGGCCACCCUCAAGGACUGAGGUGGGCGAGGGGGCGGCCCCCUCGCCCCCCGCCCGUGCCACCGCCGCCUGCGCCGCUUCGCCGCAGCCCCGCCCCGCGCCACCCGGUGUCACCCACCACGCGUCCCCGUGUGUGUCCGUCCGUCCGUCCAUCCGUCCGUCCCCCCGUCCCGCUCUCGUGGCGAUGCAUCGUGGGCUGGUGCUUUCCGACCCGUGGCCUCUUUGCGCGUCAGCCGUCUGUGCCACCCGCGCCGCCCGCGCCGCCCGCCGCUGCCCCAGGGAGCCGCGUCCCGCCGGUGCCAUGUACAUCUCUGUGUGACACAAUACACCCCGCGCCGGGCUGGCGGCCCCGCGUCCCC